AUAAUUGGAUGAGAGGCAACAGCUGGCUCAUAUCAUAGACAGCAGCAUAAGUUUUUCUUUUUAUUGACCGGGCUUUGAGAGCCUUGCAGCUGUCACCACUGUGUUGUGUGGUUUCAAGUUUGUGGCUUUUAGCCUGUACUCAUCAGAGGGAGUGUGCUUUUAAAAAUAUCCCAUUAGAGAAGUUUGCCUGAUAGGCUGUGCAUAAAUUAUGAAAGUGUCCUAAAGUGUAGGAGGUAGUCACUAAUGAGUAGCACACCAUAUGAGUAUUCUCUUGUGUCAACUAUGGAUUUAGAUGAGAUGUAUUCGGAUCACAACAAGCAUCUUCCCAUGCCAUGGGAAGACAAUAUGGGUAUGACCGUGACCUCUGGUCAUGUCGUGUUAAAGAAGGAUGGCCAGAAUUUGAUAGGUAUCAGCAUAGGUGGUGGUGCCCCCCUGUGUCCAUGUCUGUAUGUUGUACAGGUGUUUGAUAACACCCCAGCAGCUAAGGAGGGCUCGUUGGCUGCAGGUGAUGAAAUCGUUGGUGUCAACGGUCAGUCCGUUAAGGGCAGAACUAAGGUGGAAGUUGCCAGAAUGAUCCAGUCUAUAAAGGCUGAAGUCACAAUCAAUUAUAAUAAACUACAUGCUGAUCCAAAGCAAGGGAAAAGCUUAGACAUAAUCCUCAAGAAGGUCAAACACAGGGUGGUAGAGAACAUGAACUCCAACACAGCUGAUGCUUUGGGUCUCAGUAGAGCCAUCUUAUGUAAUGAUGGUUUGUUGAAGAAGUUGGAAGAGAUGGAGAGAACAGCUACUAUGUACAGUGGCUUGAUUAUACAGACUCGCAGACUGCUUAAAGCCAUAUUUGAUCUGUCUCAGUCCCAUAAAGCAUUUGGUGAGGUGUUCUGUGGGAUUGGGGUGAGGGAACCCCAGCCCGCUGCCAGUGAAGCCUUCUCCCAGUUUGGCGAGGCUCACCGCAACAUGGAGAAGUUUGCCAUCAAGAUGCUGAAGACAGUCAAGCCCAUGAUCAGUGAUCUCAACACCUUCCUCCACAAGGCUGUGCCAGACACCAGGCUGACUGUCAAGAAAUACCUGGACACUAAGUUUGAAUACCUGUCUUACUGUUUAAAAGUCAAGGAGAUGGAUGAUGAAGAGUACAGCUAUGCUGCCCUACAGGAACCUUUGUAUAGAGUAGAAACAGGGAAUUAUGAGUAUAGGUUGAUAUUGAGAUGCAGACAGGAUGCCAGAUCAAGAUUUGCCAAAAUGAGAUCAGAUGUUUUAGUCAAAAUGGAACUACUGGACCAAAAGCAUGUCCAGGACAUUGUUUUCCAACUCCAGAAGUUUGUCACCGCCAUGGCCAAGUACCACACUGACUGCCACGAUGCCAUGAAAAGUGCUGUUGUAUUUCCUAUUGAGGUGGACCUGUCCAGGGGCACCUUUACUUAUGAGAGUGCCAACAAUUUUAACGAUGGGGGAGAUGAUGAAGAGGAGGAGGAAGAGGAUGAUGAUGAGAUGAUUGGCCAGGAGAGAGACGGGUCUCAGAGUGGUGUUUUAACAGGGGACUUGCUGGGGGAAUAGGUUUAUAAAACCUCAACUAGGGAACUACGUGAUUCAUUUUAUAACAUUUGCUUGGGAACUAAUUAAAAAAAAACAUAAUUUAUAAUUACUGGUUAGUGAAUAUCUUAAUAAAGCUAUGAAGUAUAUUCUCCAUAGAUUGAUCUUCAAACCACAUUGUGGAUAUUUCUCAUUCCAUUUGUUUGCCAUUUGAAGGCUAGAUCUGUACAAUAUUUUAUUUCUUCAGAAGAUUUCAGACUUUUUAAUCAUAAAAAUACUUUGAACACCCAUGUAUAAUAUUACUUAGUUUGAAGGUACUCUUCCUGAGGACUGCCUCAGUAUUCAAUGAGACCCUUGUACACUUGAAUAGCUCUAGUCCAGACUAAUUUAAACAUUGUCUUAUUUAUUUCAUUAUCUCCACUGUGAUCUUGAGUUGUGAAAUUUUUUUCUUUACUUGUUUAGAGGAUAAGUGUUCAAUCCUCCAUGUGAUCUAGCUACAUGUGACAUGUAGAAAUCAAAUAAACUGUUGUGCUCUGUCUAUUAUUCCUGUGUUUACAAGCCAAGCUGAACAGUAAACUGAUUUGGUUUACAAGCCAACCCAAUGGAGCUGUAUCAAAUAUAGGAUCAAUGUAAAUUAACAGCAAUUUAAAAUUAAAAUAUAUUUUUUUUUCUAGCUUUAAUUUUGUGCUUGUUUGUCAUUCUAUUAUUUUUGUAAAAAAAUGUUUAUUUGAUCUGAAAUACUGCCUAGAUUUAACUAUAUAAAGCAUAAUUUCACUUUUUAAAAUAAUAAAAUGAUGUGUUAUGUGAAUUAUUAUUGAAUAUUUUACAGUACUCUUAAGAGAAACUUACUGAAAGAAAUUUUGAUGUCAGUAUUUAUAAAAAGUACAUUAAAUGUCAGUAUUUAUUAUUGAUAAAAGGCAAAUAUAAUUAUUUAAAAUGAAGUGAUGCUGUUUUACUUUAUUUGUAUAUUAGAUUUAGUAACAGCAUAGAAAAUCAACCCAUUGUAACCAAAAAGAAUUUAAAAUGUUUAUUUUUUACAUAUUAUAAAAUUGAUUUUACCCCUUUGUUUGAAUAUCAUUCCUUGUGCAUUUAUUUUAAAAUGAGGCAUAAAAUCUGUUCAUUCCAAGUCUUUUUUUUGUGCAAUAAAUAUUUGCUGUCU